UCAGAGAUUGAAAUUGAGAGUCAAAGCCAAGAUGUUAUUAUUUCGCAAAUUCUUGAACCUAAAUCAUUUGGAGAUAAAGAGACUGAUAAAUUUAUAGAAGAGCUACAAAAUACACUUAAACGUACUUUUGAUGGAAAGCGUAAACUUUGGGUCGAGCGUGAUGAUUGUAUAUCCAAAAUUAUUAAGCUUGAGGCUGAGAAUAAAAAUCAAAGGUAUCUUAUAGACGAACUUAAAAAAGAAAUAGAAUCUAAGAAAAAUCGCAAAUUUCAGGAAAAAUGUAUUCUAAUAGUCCAGAUACUUCUUAAUGAGGAACCCGUAGUUGAAUAUCGUCCAUCUUUUAUGGAAGGAUUAGAACUUGAUGCAUUCUUCCGAAGUAAUCAAAUCGCGUUAGAGGUGCAAGGAGCUCAACAUCGGCUUCAUCACACUAGCUGGUAUAAAGAUGUUAAAAAACUUGAGGAUAUUGUUAACCGUGAUCGGAAAAAAAAGAGCCCUGUGUCAAGAUAA